AUGAUACUUCCCUCGACCUCCCAGUUGUGGUCGGCUGUAUUUGGUGCAGUUACUUCAAAUGGAUUGACCAGUACUGCUCCACAAUGCCCCCUAAAGAUGCCGUUAACAUGCCACAACUCCACAGCGAUAAACGAUCAGUGCUGUUUCGAAUACCCUGGUGGUAUUUUUGUGCAGACGCAGUUUUGGAACUACUCGCCGUCGAGAUCAAACCUGAAUGAGACUGAACUCAUUGGAGAACUUGGUCCCCUGGACUCAUUUACCAUCCACGGAUUGUGGCCAGAUAACUGUAUGGGUGCUUAUGAACAGUUUUGCAAGAAGGAUAUGUUUAUCGAUGAUGUCUAUCAUCUUUUGCAUUCGAAGAACUUUUCUAAAGGGCCGGAACUCUACAGUGACCUUGAUUUAUAUUGGAAAAGUAAUGUCGUUGGGAACGACGAGUCCUUGUGGAUACACGAAUUUAAUAAACACGGUUCUUGUAUUCGUAACAUCAGGCCUGAGUGCUAUGCAAGAUGGGAAGAUUUACAGGAGAGCACAAGGGGUAGUUCUGAGGCCGUGAGGAAACAGCGUGCUGUAUUCGACUAUUUUAAUGCGACGGUGGAAUUGUUCAAGAAACUGAACUCGUAUAAGAUCUUGGAGGACGAUGGUAUUGUCCCAUCCAGCAACAAGACAUACUCCAAGCUGGAAAUCAUGAAUGCGCUUCAGAAGGGAUUUGAUGAUAAGGAGGUUUUCAUUAAUUGUAACAGUCAAAAUGAACUACAAGAAGUCUGGUACUUCCAUUUAUUGAAUGGGUCCUUCUUAGACCAGAAAUUUGUCCCCACAGAUUCGUUGCACAACCCACCUUAUUCGAGAUGCAAGGAAACGGGGAUUAAAUACUUCCCCAAGGGUUACACACCAGAUAAUGACCGCGACCCAUCUCUACCACCUUGGAAAAGGACGAGACGGGGCACGUUGAGGGCAGUCAUUGAUACUCAAGAUUCCGGAUUUUUGAUCAGAAACGGGCAUUGGAUGAAGAAGGGGACACCUGCCAAUUUUGAACUUUUACCUUCUCCCUUUGGUAACUUCAAUUUGAAAUCUAAGGGUGGGUAUUGUUCGCUUUCACCAAAGACGUUCCAGCUAGAGUGCAAGAAAAGGAAUGAGAAGAAUGCCGCACAGUUUGAAUAUGACGACGAGAAGCAGUUGCUGGGUUACUCUGGGACAUAUGAGUGGGGGGCGAAGCGGAAUCCCACAGGGCGCGGCCAGGUCCCUGUAUUUCAUGUCGACGACGACACGUCUGACUUGAUGAAGUACAAGUUUCAUCUGAAGUUCAAUCAGGUUUAG